GCAUAAAUGGUUAAGGUGUUGGCUUGACAGUCGCUGGACCGGGUUUGUGUCAGGGCUACCCCUGAAUUUGCUGUAUUAUACCCCAGCACCUUAUUCACAAUUUGAUAUAACCUUAUAUUAAGGUGAGGAGGGGAGGAAAUAGUUUCACUAUUGAUACGCAGCCCAAAAGUGUCCUCCAAGUUGUUAGUUGCCGAGUUGAGCUUGCAACUGUUGCAAUAAUUAAUUCUAGAGGAAUUCUCUAUGGGAAUCAUAUGCAUUACGAGUUCUAAGAUAUAGGCCCAAUUAUAUGGUCUGUACGGCGUCUAGCUCUAUUAUUGCGACACGUUCCCGUUUUCAGAACGUAGUGCCAUUUCAUUAGUUUAGGCUACUUUCAAUUUAGUUGUACAGAAAGCGAAAGUAUAAUUGCUCAGAUCGAACUUCGGCGACGCAUUGCUGUACAGGAUGUCGGUGACGUUCUUUGGCUGGGACGUGGUGUACGAUGACAAAUCCCUGGUGUUGGAACUGGGGGCAGAGCAGGAGCCUCAAAAGGGGGAUUCUUACACUAUGUACCAUGGCACCAAUGUCCAGACUGCUCGGCUCAUCAUCACCAAUGGCUUCCACCAGUCCCCUGAUGGCAUGUUGGGCCCCGGUGUGUACGUGAGCCGCAACCAGCAGAAGGCAGAGCGCUACCCGCUAAAAUCCCCCCCCUCCAACCGUGUGGUGCUGCAGCUGCGUGUUAACGCUGGUCGCGUGAAACGCAUCGACAAAGACAACCACCCUAUGCAAAAGAGCUGGAACGCAGCAGGGUACGACACCGCAUGGGUUCCCCCCAACUGUGGCAUGCAAUCCGUGCCCAGCGGCCUGGAGGAGGACUGUGUGUUUGACCCCCAGCGUGUCGUGGUCACUAGCAUCGCCAAGGCGCCCAACCCCACCAUCCUGGCUGAGCUAAAGCAGUUGGUUUCACAGAAGCGGGCUGGGAUUGGAAGGGGUGGAGACAUGCAGGUUGCGGUGGCUGGGGGUGUGUGUACCCUGUGCAAGAGGAAAACCACAUCAGAUCACACACAUACGCUGCUCCCGUGCUGGGGUUGCGGACAGAACAUCUGCACCCAAAUGACCAAACACACCUGCUCUGCCAGUGCCUGACACGGGGAGGGGGGUAGAAGACAAGGAGUAGCUGUGAUG